AUGGAAGACAAUCUGCCUUAUGAAACUUCGUUGCCCACCAAUCAUAAGUUAUUGGACGAAAAGGAAAAAGAUCCCGAAGUGGAUCCUUCUGUAUAUCGUGCUAUGAUUGGUUCAUUAACGUAUCUUACCGCUUCACGUCCUGACAUAAUGUUUUCCGUAUGUUUUUGUGCCAGAUACCAAGCUAAUCCGAAGAAACCCCAUUUAAAAGCGGUUAAAUGGAUUUUUCGCUAUUUGAAAGGUGAGCCAAAGCUAGGAUUGUGGUAUCUUGUUGUGGGUGGCUUAGACUUGAUAGCGUAUGAAGAUGCGGAUUUUGGUGCGUGCCCAAUUAAUAGGAAAUCAACCUCGGGUGGUAUCCUGGCAUUGCAAGAAGCAGCUUGCUGUGUCGUUAUCCACUUGUGA